UAUAUAUAUAAGAACUCAUAAUAACUUUUUCUUUAUUUCAAUCUCUCUCUCUCUCUGCUUUUUCACGCCGCAUCUUCUACUUGUUUGAGUAUCCAAAUCUGAAACCAAAGAAAUGGUGGGGAAGAAUGAUUCACCAAAGGAAAGGAAUAGAGAUUGGAUUAGGGAACUUAUGAAUAGUAGUUCUGGUUAUUGUGAUGAUCAUCAUGAUCUUCGAUCUAACGAGAACAAUACUUUCUGUGUAGAUUGUGCUGUUAGAAUGUGUAGGCACUGUAAGGAAGCUCAUUCCAUGCAUACAAUGUUUCAGAUAUACAGAUAUUCCUAUCAGGAUGUUUUUCGGCAUUCCGAUUUGCACAAGCAUUUUGACUGCUCAAAUAUUCAGACUUACAUAUCCAAUAAUGAAAGGAUUGUGCAUCUAAAACCUCGGCCUCCAAUCUAUAAAUCUAAACCUGGUGAUCAAUGCCCUGAAUCUAAAUCAAAAGAAAGCAACUUAUCCGCAAGAUUUAAAUUGGGAGGUACUACAUGCGAAGAAUGUGGAAAACACUUGCAAGACGAGCGCAGUCGCUGGUGCUCAAUUAUAUGCAAGAUCUCAGCGCUUUCAGUGGAGCCUCAAAGCCAAGGUCCUAAUCAUCACACAAAAAGGAGUUUAGUUUUCAACCAAAGUGGUAGAUGCACCAUCACUCCCAAAAUUGAAGCAAUUGACUUCACUAUGAGUGAUAACCUUAAUUCGGAACCGGAGUCAUCUAUUUCUGAAGCUGAGCCAUGUGGGCGGGUUGAAGUUGUGAAUUUCAGGAAGCGCCCGAGAAAAACCCCUCCUCAAAGGCCUCACUUUGUUUUCAUUUCUUAGUCUAUGUUUGGAAAUUGCACUGCGACUUUCAAGGCGUCACAUUGCGGCAACAUGAAAGCUAGCACAGAUAGCUUCCCAAUUUUCACACCAGAGAAAAACCACUCCUCAAAGGCCUCUCUUUCUUUUCAUUUCUCAUUGCAUGGCAUUUUUCACAGCAUCGCCAUGCGGCAACAUGAAGCUAGCACAGAUAUUCCCGGCCUCUACACAGUGUUCUUCCUACUCACUGUCCCACAUUACUACUCUACUGGUCCCUUUGAGAUUUUGUUUCCAAGUUAUCAUUUUUGGAUAAUAAGAUAAGAUAUCAUGAACAAUUAAGAGAAGCUCAACUCCAUUAUACCCCCCCAUAUUGGGAUUUUAAGUAUAAAUUGAGGAGUUUGAGGUACUUUUGCCAUGAGGAAAGUGACUAGUUGAGCUUGUACAGCCUAAAACUUUUGCUAUUGAAACACUCUUUUCAAUUUAAUUUCAUCACUAUUGAUUGAA